GUCGCGGCGGCCGUAUCCGCUGGCGUCCUCGUCCCGCAAUCAUGCCGCCGGCGCUCUCUCUCACUUCACGCGGCGUCCAGCUCUGCUCGCGGCCGGGGGUGCCUGUGUGUUGCCGUGGCGAUGCGCUUGUGGGCUGAUUGCGCGCGGAGCUCGCUGGCAGAUGCACGCGCGGCAAUGGCGCUGAGAGGGGACGGCAGGGCUUCCCCGGGUGCGAAGGAGGGAAGGGCGACGAUGCUUGGCCCCAGGGAGGCGUCUGCGUGCGUGUGAGGGUGAGGGUGAAGGUGAAGGGAGGACGCCAGGCUGGCCGACGACGGUCUGCUAUGCGGGGAUGUUCCUCAUGGGCCCGCCGCAACCAGUGACGAAGCCGGUCCGCGCCACUCAGUGCCUUUGCUUGGAUCCAUGCAGCUUUAGCUCAACACCAUCGACACCAACCCUUCCCUUGCGCAUUCUCGAUUCUGCCAUUGUCCACCUCUGCUGCAUCCCAGCCAUGCCGCCUGCGCCCUCAUCGCUCCUCCGCGGCCUCGCGCGGCCGCCUGCGCCCCGCGCGGCGCGCGCAGCGCUCUCGGAAUGCAUUCCGGGGGCAAGGCGACUUUUCCACGCGCCGCGAACGUCAACGUCGACGCUGCGUCGCCCUUUGCCCAUCCUAGCGCGGCCGCACCUGCCCCGGGCAGCUGUUCGCUACGAGUCGACGCCAGCAAGCAACUCGCCAGGCACGACCACGGCGGCCCCAGAGUCGCGGCUGGAGCGCGACCAGGUGCCCGCCUACGAGCUCACCUUCACCUGCAAGGCCUGCACCACCCGCUCGUCGCACCGCGUCUCCAAGCAAGGCUAUCACCACGGCACUGUCCUCAUAUCCUGCCCGGGCUGCAAAAACCGCCAUCUCAUCAGCGAUCACAUGAAGAUCUUCUCGGACAAGUCGGUCACCCUCGAGGACCUGAUGCGCGAAAAGGGCGACCUCAUCAAGCGCGGCACAUUGAGCUCUGGAGGAGACGUCGAGUUCUGGGACGAUGGGUCCACCUCGCCGCGCUCAGCCCAUUUCCACCCCAACUCCAACGUAAAAGGCGACGACGAUGCUCCCGAAGGCACCCUGACGGAGCCGCCCAAACCCUCGGAGAAGCCUUAGAAGUUCGCUUGGUCACAACGUCGGGUGCUUGUACGAUAUUGUAGGAUACAGUCCUACUGGCUGGAUAGAGCAAAUCUCCAUGCCAAGUAAAAAUGCACAGUAAGAGGUUUUGUACGAUACAGAAGGAAUGAGAAGGCCAGGCAUUCUGUUCGUGACAGAGGCAGCCACGACCAAGCCCUGUGGGGAUAAUAAUGUAAUACAACUCAGGCGCAAGCCCAAGCUCAG